AGGUCCCUUUACUACCAAUCAAGUUCAGUCUCAAGUUACAGUGAAAGGGCUGCUCAGAGCAGGGAGAGAGCAGCCUAAAGUCGGUGGGGGACUUGGAGGAGGCACAGGGCCUGGCUCUGUUCUAAAGUUCUAAAAGCCGGGAUGGGGCAGCAGUUCAGCUGGGAGGAGGCGGAGGCUGCCGGGGAGAUGGAUGUGGCGGAGCUGCAGGAGUGGUACAAGAAGUUUGUCGUGGAGUGUCCGAGCGGGACGCUCUUCCUGCACGAGUUUAAGCGCUUCUUCAAGGUCACUGGCAAUGAGGACGCUACCCAGUAUGUGGAGGGCAUGUUCCGAGCCUUCGACAAGAAUGGGGACAACACCAUUGACUUCCUGGAGUAUGUGGCAGCCCUGAACCUCGUGCUGAGGGGCACCCUGGAACACAAGCUCAAGUGGACCUUCAAGAUCUAUGACAAGGACGGCAAUGGUUGCAUCGACCGCCUGGAGCUUCUGGACAUUGUGGAGGCAAUUUACAAGGUAAAGAAAGCCUGCCGGGUGGAGCAGGACCCCGAGCAGCAGGGCCAGCUGCUCAAGCCUGAGGAGGUGGUGGACAGGAUCUUCCUCCUGGUGGAUGAGAAUGGCGAUGGCCAGCUGUCUCUGACCGAGUUCAUUGAUGGUGCCCGUCGCGAUAAGUGGGUAAUGAAGAUGCUCCAGAUGGAUGUCAACCCGGGCAGCUGGAUCACUCAGCAGAGGCGGAGAAGCGCCAUGUUCUGAGAGCCCGGGGACCCUGCAGGGGCGGGCCCACACUCCCCGCCAAGACUCCCAGGGUCCCCCAGGUUUACAACGUAGCAGGAGGCUCCUGGCCUUGUUGCCUGAAGCCUGACCCCUGGUUGGUGUGGACUUCCCAACACUCCCAGUAUGGGAAAGCAAUGGCUGCUGGGUCUGAAGUGGUUCAGUCCAUUCUUCAGGAUUUACUAGCAUCCUGGGAUCCGAUGUUACUCUACUCUCCGGUUGCUCCUGGAAGAACUGGACUUUGACUGGGAGAUGUGGGGCUCCUACUAUUCUUUAGGUAUUCUCAGAGGAAAUGGGGCCACUGGGGGGCUGGGGGUGGAACAAAGGUUGGUAGUCUGGAAAGACAGCAAGAGUGGGGAAGGAGCAGCCCAGCUCAACCACCCUGAGCGCUGGCUGGGGACAACUCUCCCCAGCUCCUCUUCGGGGUGUCCUCAUUAAGGAUGACAAAAAGGAAGGCUACCACCAUGGUCUUUUACCCUGAGAGGCCUGGUGGGCUUACGGGGGACGUUACGGCUGUGCUUGGUGCUGCUCUCCAGUUUCUCCUCAUCCCAUCUCUAACGUGAGCCUGCUACCAUUCCCAGCCAUAAGCCCACAUGCCUCCUUAAGGAUGGAGACAUCUUCUCUUCCUCUCUGGAGGGAACCUGGCAUUUGAGUUCCAGGCCAGACUUUGUGUCCCACAGCUGUUGGACUCCCUAACCUUCUGAGGUGGACUAGUCAGUCCAGGCUGUCAUGUCCUUCAUGCACCUGAUAUAGAAGCUAGACUACCAGAGAGGCUCUCUGCCCUUCUCUCCCUCUUUCCAUCUGUGCAGCUGGGGAAGGCACCUCAGAGGGCCGGAAGUAGGACCAGUGUCACUUAGUGAUUCUCUGUGGAGCCUGGUGGGUUGUUGGUGUUAUCUGAAAUAGAUACACAUUCCAUGUUAAAAUAGAGUAAAAUAAUUUGUUGUCCUGGA